AGGCUCUGUGAUGUGAAUGGAUGAACGUUAGAUGGGAGAUUUCCAUUGCUGUAAUGAAGAAAUACUUGAAAGUGUAUAUACUAUGUCAUAAUAAUAAUGCAGAACUCUGGCCAGAAGAGGCCAAGUACGGACUCCAAGUCGGAAGCACGUUCGAUUGGCAGUGUGUGUGAAGUGACUCUUGCCCCGCUACCAGAUACUGGCUUGAACUUUAAUGUAGAUGGCGGUUCUGACAACGGUCAGUUCGCGUAUGUGACCAAUGUGAAUGAAGCCAAAGUAGAAUAUCUGUGUGGGAAACUGAAUGAGGGUGACAUUUUACUCAACAUCCAAGGACAAAAUGUGGCUGGAUACACUAGAAAAGAUACGGUUGCUUGGCUUAACCAUUGCUGCAGAAGUGGCAAUCCAGUUAGUUUGAAAACAGCGCCAGCCGGUUUUCUCACUAGGGAUUUGUGCCAGUUCUUGAAUUCUCGCUUCCUCAAAGGCUCUGUGGAUCAUGAUCUGCAGAAUACAAUCAGAGAUAAUCUCUAUCUACGAACAGUGCCCGUAACUACAAGAGAACCUCGAGAGGGUGAAGUUAAUGGUGUCGAUUAUACAUUCUUGACACUAGAACAGUUUCAGCAGCUUGUCGCCAGUGGAAGUCUACUCGAAAGUGGAAUUUAUGAAGGAAACCACUAUGGAACACCGAGACCUUCCAAGGAGCCGCAUGGUACUGCAUUGCAAAGUCAGAAUGAUGGCUCAAAUUUAAGUUUGCUGCCUGGAGCGCAUCCUAGCUCCGAGGGAAAACGUCGUCGAAAUCGGUCGAACGUGGAGGCCAUGGCUU